AUGAGUCAAGCUACACCUAUUUGUAAGAAAAAGAUUGGCAUAGAAAUGAAACAGUGUCAACAACAAAAAGACCCCCUAAUUAUUCAAAGGUUUGAUCCAAACAACAUUCUAAAUUGCUAUUAUAUUUUCCUCGGACCAAAAGACACACCAUAUGAAGGUGGGAUGUACUUUGGUAAAGUGACUCUUCCAUUUGAUUAUCCAUUCAGACCACCAUCUAUAGAAAUGUUUACUCCAUCAGGAAGAUUCCAACCAAAUAAAAAAAUUUGUAUUUCAAUUUCUGAUUUUCAUCCAGAAACUUGGAGCCCAUCAUAUAAUAUCUUCUCUGUAUUAAUGGGAUUACUAUCUUUUAUGACGGGGACUGAUUGUGGUGUUGGUUCAUUUCAUGAUAGUGAGUCAAAAAAAAGACAAUACGCCAAAGAUUCAAUUAGAUGGAACCAAGGAUUUAAAUUAUUUCAAGACAUUUUUCCUGAGUAUUGUUAA